CUUAACCAGAACGCACUGCUCCUCAUCCUGCCAGGCAGGGAGCAAAACAGAGCCACAACAGCAGCAAAGUCCUCCAGCCCAGCAACAGUGUGCAUAGGGACCAAACGAAAGGGCAGUCAGUUCCGGGCUGGUAGGAGGCACACAUAGCAAGCACUGCAAGCACAGGAGGCAUUGCAAGCACUGCAAGCACAGCAAGCACAGCAAGCACUGCAGGCACCACAACCAGCCAGCCCCCCUCCAGCAUCACGGACCCCCACAGCCCCCCAGGGCUUCAGGCACGACUGCACUUCUCACCUUGGGUGGCGAAUUCAUAAAGCUGCUGCAGAAUGUUUAAAAAAGUCACCCAAAAAAUAGCAAAGCAAAUGGAUCCCAAAGGAGACCUGGUUCCUGUCCACAGCAUCUCAGACCAAGACCGCUUCAGGCUGCUUUGCCUGGUUCGAAGGAAGAGGAAAGCCAGAUUCCGCCCGUUUCCCUCCUACAGAAGGACAGAAUUCCAGCUCCACGACGUGCUGCUGCCUGCGGAGGAGAAGGACAGCGUUGAGUCCCUCCUUCCCAGCACUGAGAGCCACAGCCCACGGGAGUUCACAACCACGGGAAGCAUCAGAGACAGCGUGGAUGGGAGCCUCAGCAUCCCCUGUGAGCCUGCAGAAGUAGAACUGGGAGGAGGUGCCUCGGUGUCCAAGCAGUGGCACAUCAAGCUGGAAAAGAAGCACAUCCUGGUACCCAAACUUGAGGCACUGAGAGAGGAAAGGAAAAUCAACACGAAGCACAGCUUCAUCGAGCAGCUGAGGAAGGCCAGGCAGAACUUAUAUGUGAUCCACGAAACGAUAGAGACCUCAGAGGAGGCCCGAUACGAGGAAUCCACGGAGGCGGAGGCGAAGCUCAUGGCUCAGCUUUACGCCAAGUUCUCUGCUAAGGGCACCACCGGGAGCAAACAGAGCAUAACCAUCCCCAGGGGCUGCACACUGGCCUUCAGGGCGAUGCAGCUGACCAUCGGGGACGCAGCGUGGGGUAUCAACCAUUUUCCAGAGAAUGAUCAACCAACGUUUGCAUCUGACGGUUUUGCACACAGAGAAGUAGAUGCACUGGAGAAAGAAGUUAAAGAGAAGUGUCACGUUCUGUCCCAGCUGGCUGAUGAGCUGAAUGCCAUUGUUGUGAAGUCCAUCAAAGCUGUCAUGAGAGACAGGAACCUCCUUGAGGAGCUGACCGAGAAGAUGGAAGCCGUCCUCGAUGACCCUGAUAACUGUGAGCUGACAACACAGAGCCCAGACUUGGACGUUCUGCUCAGCACACUUCGGAUUUCUGCCCGCUGUGAUCUCCUCAGCCUGACAGAAGCCAUCUCCUACACUCUGGAUGCCUUCACUGAGUUAACAGAAGAUCAGCUGCUGCUAUUGCUGGAGUCUUGGGAAGUGAAGAUUGUGCCCCAACAGCUUAAACUGGUGAGGAGCAUCCUGGAGCCGAAGGCAGAGCACAGCACUGCUGCUGGUUUGCUCUCCUCCUUCAGCCAGCAGCAGCAGCAGCAGCUGACCAUGGCGGUGCUGGAGAUGAGCGGGGUGGAGCUGCAGGGGAGCAGCGCUGCUGCCUGCAAAAAGGAGAACUUCCCAUCCCUGGCAGCUCUGUACGCAGCCCUGCAUGCACUGCACUGCCUGAGUGCAUCCUGAUGGGCGACGCGGGUCCCCCUGUUCGGGCUGAUUGAAAAGCAAUUACCUGAUACAAUUAAAAAGCAAUUCCACUGA